AUGUUAACGUUUGCAAUAGUAUUUGUUUCGUUCAACUUAUUUCGAUUUAUACAAACUCGUUCAUGUUUUGGAAUUAAUGGAUGGGUUUGUUGUGAUGGAUAUUUGCUGAAUCAAACAACUGGACAAUGUCAAAAGUGUCCACUUGGGUACUAUCUCAAAAACUGUUUGACAAAAUGCAGCGCCCCUACCUAUGGAGAAGAAUGUCAAUCAACUUGUCAAUGUCCUGAUGUUUACUGUCAUUUUGCGACUGGAUGUCCUAAACAUGUUUAUACCUCCACUGGCUACCAAACACAAGAUACAGCUCGACAGACAACUUAUUCUUUGACAAAUACAGCAUCAAACAACGAUAAUGAUGUGACCAAAAUGAGAUAUUUACCAACAGAGAUUGACGUGACCAAAAAUGAUUUGUUUAAGCAUGUAGUUAAAAUCAUUGGAAGCUUUUUAGGACUACUUGUCAUUGUUUUGAUUAUAUUAUUCAUAUAUUAUUUAUAUCUUAAAUGUGUCGAUAAAACAACAAAUGAGAGUGGAAUUAAUGAACAUUAA